UUACGUCAGUGUUAAGUAUAAUAUUUUGCUUGCUUCCGUAGUGAGGAUUGUCGAUUGUAAAGCCUUUCAUGCUAGUGUGGAUUUCGUUGGAUUGAUAAGCUGGUUACCAAACUUGUUGAAUCUCAUAACUCCAACCAUGACCACCACCACUUCCACCACUCCUGUUAGGACUACUAGUGGCAGUACGUCGCCCAAUGAGUUGUGGCGAGAGUGUGCAGCCUGGUUAACCCGCUGCGAAAUCAUUCCUAAAGAUCAUCGUGCGAAUCAUCCUGCCUCGGAUAUCAAAGUCCUUGCUAACAUUCUCCGAGAUGGUGUACUUUUGUGUAAUUUAAUACAAUUUCUCGACCCCACAUCAUUCGACAGAAAAGAUUUCAACCGAAAACCGCAAAUGGCCCAUUUUCUUUGUAUACAAAAUAUUAAACUAUUCUUAGAAGCAUGCAAAACAAACUUUAAUCUGAAGGAACCAGAGCUGUUUGAUCCUUCCAUGCUUUAUGAUCUAACCAAUUUUCAUAGGGUGCUUCUCACCCUUUCGAAGCUCUCCACCAGCAGAAAGGUACAAACUUCGCAAAAGAUAUCCGGUUUCAUUCCCGUUCCAAUGCAUACGGAUAGAACGAAUCAGGAAGACGAUAUCUACAAUGAUUUACAUGCAAGCCAUUUUAAAGCUGAACCUAUUGUAUUGGGAAACGAAUUACACAACGACAAGAACGAGCAGUUACUUAUAAAUGGUUUAGUUUCUUAUAAUCGUAAAGAAAUAGAUACUGGGGUUUAUGAGCACUACAAGAAAAUACCUUUAUAUUGGGAGUAUAACGAAAAUGAAGACGAAAAAAUUUACGAAGACCUUUGCUACGUAACAUUCACUUCGACACUACCCCAGCUAGCGUCGUCUUCCAGCAAUUUGGAGCAACGUGACUUUGUUAUAAAAGAACUGCUCGAUACGGAAAAUAAUUAUCUUGAAGCUUUGAACGCUCUGAAACACGUCUUCAUGCAGCCACUAGAAAAGCUACUUCCAAAGGAGGAGUUACGGAUUAUAUUCCCCUGUAUUAAUGAGUUGGUAGAAAUACAUAGAAAAUUUCUCGACCGACUGAAUGAAGCAUGCGCCCCUGGGAGCAAAUUAAAACUUAGCACUACAUUCCUUGAAUUCAGAGAACCGUUUCUAAUUUACGGCGAGUAUUGUUCUAGCAUGACAAGUGCAGUUGAAGCGUUGCGUGAGUUUUGCAAGAAAUCCAGCAUCAUUGAACAGAUCGUGGUUCGAAGUCAAAAGGAGCACAGUGACGGAAGAUUGCAACUUCGGGAUAUCUUAUCUGUACCAAUGCAACGAAUUUUAAAAUAUCACCUAUUGUUAGAUAAAUUAGUGCAGGAAACGGUACCGACCCAUGAAGACUUUCGUGGUUUGGAAAGAGCCAAAGAAGCGAUGGUAGACGUUGCGCAGUAUUCAAAUGAAGUUAAACGUGAUUCAGAACACUUAAUUGUGAUACAGAAAGUUAAGGAAAGUAUAUCAGAUCUGAAUUUACCAGAUGGUAAUAAUCUUGAACAAUACGGUCGAUUACUGCUGGAUGGCGAUUUGAACAUAAAAGCACACGAAGAUCAAAAAAUGAAACAUCGAUAUGCUUUUAUUUUUGAAAAGGUUAUGGUUCUAGUAAAGAAUUCUAACACCAAAAUAGGGGAAGCACAAUAUACUUUUCGUGAGGCCCAUAAUUUGCUCGAUUACAAAAUUGAAAUUAUGAAUUCGAGACGUACGCUGGGCCGUGAUGGACGUUUAAAGUAUUCUCUGCUGUUAGCACGUAAAACGCAAGCCAAUGCUUUUACGCUGUACAUGAAGACGGAAGAAGAACGUGAGAAAUGGAAACGAGCUUUCGACAUGGCAAUGGAGACACUAGAACCAAUUGGAUGCAAGAAUACUGAUCACAAAUUUUCAGUUGUUACAUUUGACAUGCCUCUGGUAUGUCGACACUGUUCAAAAUUCCUUAAGGGCAAAAUACAUCAAGGCUACCGUUGCAAGGUAUGUGACAUUGUCGUACACAAAGGGUGUAUUUCGUCAACAGGUCGGUGCAAACAUCUGCAGCAAUUACCACCACCAGUAUGCGACAGAUUAUUGUCAGAAUUCAACUGGUUUGUUGGUACAAUGAAUAGAGAUACCGCAUCCCAACGACUGGAGACCAAAAAGAUUGGAACUUAUCUUUUACGUGUCCGUCCCCAAGGUGCCUCAAAUGAAAGCGAAACGAUUUAUGCACUUAGUCUGAAAACUGAUAGCCAAAUCAUCAAACACAUGAAAAUUUAUAAGAAAAAAGAGACACAAAACAUACUCUACUAUCUGUCGACCAGGCGAUAUUUUAAAACAAUUAUCGAGUUGGUGUCCUUUUACGAGCGCAAUGAUUUAGGUGAAAAUUUUGCAGGAUUGAAUCAAUUACUGCAAUGGCCUUUUAAGGAAGAAAUCGUUACAGCUAUCUAUGACUUCGCACCAAAGGAAUUAAACCAGCUGCCAUUGCGCCAAGGUUGUCCGGUUGUUGUAAUUGGCAAAGAAGGUGACAGUAAAGGCUGGUGGAGAGGGAAAACAAUGGAAAAGGUUGGUUUCUUUCCAAAAGAGUAUGUUCAUGCAUUAGGGAUAGGUGAAAUAUAAACACAGGGGCUAUUUUGCUUUGUCAUCAUGCAAAAAAAUCAACCACUAUUGCCAAAAAAUAAUAUAAACUAUGAGACAAUGUUUCUUAUGACCGUCUUCCUUUAAUGCUGAUUACAUGUUUCCAUUCGAAUGGUUUUUAUAGCAAAGAAAUUUGCAAUAUGCUAGACAUACAUAAUAUCGAUCGUUUUUGAAGAUAGGGGUAUGAUCAAAUUAAUAGGAAGAUCGUUCGAUUAUAAUCUGAUACCAAACAUGUUUGUUACAAGCACUGUCACUGUCCCUGACAAUCCCGCUCUAAAAGAAGUCGUAUUGGAUCUCUGAUAUACUGACAUACUUUUAGUAAGAAAUGCGGUUGAACAUAACAUCUUUGCGGACCGGGCCGUAUUUAUAAAUCGAACUUCUUAAUAUUUGUCAAAAUGAAAGUAGUCAGCUUGGUUUAACUGUACCCAUUGCAACGUUGUUUGAUAAGAUUAUCACAACUUUCAAUUAUGAUUCGGUGAGCUAGAAAAGAUAAUGAACAAACGCACCGUUAUUGUUACUGGUAAAAGAAUAUCCCAUUUGCGUCACAUUCUGUUAAGGCUGUGACAUUGUAGUUCACGAAAGGCAGCAUUUACCACAAGUAUUGGCAAACAUUUGAAUUUACCAAUUCGUAUUCCGCAAUUUGAUGUAUUUAAUCGAAAAAUAUACUCCUACCAAAGGGUGCGUUUUUUAUAUAAUGUCAUUUACGCUAGUCAAAAUCAUAAUUGAACUUCAAACUUCAAAGUUACCCUACAUUUGAGUUGACUUCUUGUUUAUAUAGAGUGAACCUAGCUGAGUUUUAUGAGGGAUGUAUAGCCAGAGUUCUAAACGACGAGAAAUUUGCAAAUCACCAAUGAACUACAAACUAUAAGAAUCUAAAAAAUGUACAACUAUACUUUUGCGACAUCAGGUGUGUAAAUUGAAAAAAAAGCCUGAAAUAUGAUUUCAGAUUGUAUUUUCAAAAUGCUAUUGAUCCCACGGCCAUAACAGUUUUAUAUCAAAACGUAAAACAAUGUUGCGAAAAAAUCAAAGUAAAAUUACAUACAGUGAAAACAUAAAAAAUCAUUGUCCUGUUUAAUCGUAAUAAAAAAUUCAAUGUUAUUUUGAUUGUCGUUUGCUUUGCAAUUUUACUUUGAAUCAAACAAAGUAAUCAUUUUUAUUAAUUUUUGUUUCAUCGUACAAAUAAAG